AUGGCACAACAGCAGCAGCAACGGCCGAUCGUCCCUCGCCAGCACUCCGCUCCACCCAACGCCACCGAGGCCGUUCAUGUUCCUCCGGCACCGCGUCACCGGGCCAUCGAGGCUUCACAGGAAUGGAUUCUGUUCUCGCCCGCGCAGGAUGAAGAGGCCAGCGUCACCGCCACACACACCUCCCACACGCCACGGACAGCAACACACAUCUCGGACUUCGGCGGUUCCCUAGAGACACAUGUGAGGUCGCAAAUCCAGCGCAGCGAUGCCUCCACCGGCGUCCGCAUCGACACCAUCAGCGACGCGGGCGACGACCUCGACGGAGACGAUGCCGAGGAGCUGGACAGCCUGGACGAUGGACUCUACGCUUUUCACCAUCCCUACUCCGCGACUUCGUUACCCCAUCUCGAUGCCAGUGGUGGCGCGGUCCUGCCCACACACGACGGGUUCGGCACAUUUCCUUCCGGCCAGGAUCUCCAAGAGCAAUUGUGGCAAUUCGAGCGAUACAACCCACGGAGGCGCACCGGACGGCAGGCGCCGCGGAGGAGCAGCGCACAGCGGAAACCCGAGGCCGUCGAGGAGGAAGAGACUCAACAGAUAGACCUCGGGGGUGUCGUGACUGAAGAUGACCGCACGGCCCGGGUGGAGAAGUGGCGACUAGAUCAGAGUCGAGCGGUCCUGGAGGAGAUCGAAAGAGAGACGAGGAGGAUGAGACGGCGGGUGGCCCGCAUGAAUUCCGCACCAGGGACGGAGAGCAUAUUGCGGGCGUCGGCCGCGUCGUCACGUCACCCCGCAGCCCCGGAGGCCUCGACGCCGCCCGACGGGGAGUCAUUUUGGCGCCGGAUCACGCGACGUGUCAUUCGGGACCUGAUCGGACUUGACGAGAGUGCCCUCUCGGUCAUCUUCGGUGAGACCUUCGUUCAGGAUGACGAGUCGAGCACAUUCGCCACACGGCGAGAGAUCGACCCCGAGUCGAUCGACGCCACCCCUACACAACGAUCACCGCUCGCCGAUGCCCUAGACGCCUCCACUCGAGCGUCGCGCCGAGCGGAAUCCUGGGAGCUCAGGCUCCUCGACACCAUCGCCCGAGAGCUCGGUAUCUUGGUCCAUCAGCUGUCAGAUCACAACAACGAAGGGGCCUUCAGCACGUACAAGCGUAUGCAAGCGAUGCCCUUGGAAUAUGCCGGCAUGAAGAUCCCCCGACAGCCGUCGCUUCGAUCGACCCGUCGCCCAGCUCCCGGUCAGGUCGCGACGGGGGACGAGCCGGCCUCGGAUGCGCUCUUCGUUCCGACCGUCCCACAGGACGUCCUCACCCCGGACACCGAACCCGGUGACACAUCCCUGUGGGGCAUCGAAGAGGAGCCGGAGGACGGCGGCGACACGAGCCGCGAGCGCGAAUACUGGGAGCAGGAAGUCGACAUCAAGAUGAUCUUCAACUAUCUCAAACGUCGCUUCUCCGUCGGGCCCUCGACAUCACCACCCCCUGCAUCCGCCACAUCCGCCGCGCGGCUCCCGCACCCCAACGGACCGAUCCUGCCUCCUUCCUGGGCCGCCGCCUCCAACUCCGCCGGCCUGGCCGCCUCGUCCCUCUCGACCGCCGAGUCCGUCCGCCGCGCCGAGGUCAUCCGCCGCCACCACCCGCUCGUCUCGCGCGCCGCGGCCAAGCAGCAACAGCACCAGAGUUCCGUGCUCCGCCGGCACCACGCCCUGCAGAGACGCGCCAUCAUCGGAGGCGGGCUCGCAUCUGGCGGCGGCGGUGGUGGCAGCAGCAGCUGCGCCAGCCAGAGCACCAAGAGGAGCCGCACCGCGAGCUCGAGGCACUACUGGGGCAGCGUCAGCGGGCGCAGCGCCGGCGGAGCCGCGGGCACGGGCGGUGGGGCUUUGGGCAAUUGGGGAGAAGUAUGA